AUGGUUGGUCAAGGUAUGUUUUGGUUGUUAUUAAUGGUCUAUCCGACUUAAUGGAUGAAAUAAUAUGCUCAACGUCAACAAAUACUUCAUCUGAACCUUUUUGCGACGAAAUUAUUAAGACACUUCCGAAGAAAAAAGCUCGAGGUGGUGGUACAGCUUGUUGUGCCCCUGAUUGUGGCAAUAGUACGAGACGAAAUCACCAUCCUUGUCUUUUCACAGAUCCCUAAAGACCAAACAUUAAGAAAUACAUGGAUAGAUAGGAUUGGACGGAGCGAAUUCACGCCAAACGACCAUCAUCGUGUGUGUUCGGAACAUUUCCCUGAUGGUAAAAAGACCUACUUAAACAACAUACCAACCCAUGCAGAUCAAGCGUCAAAGCUGCUUCAUCAAAGAACAGUUCUCGCAGAACUGAGCAAUAACACAAACCAAAUUAACAUUGCAAUUGAAGUAGAUAAAGUCAACGAAGUACAAUCAAUACCGCAGCAAAAAAAUAUCGACCUAAUUAAGGAGAAUAUUCAGGAUAGAGUACACGUCUAGAAGACGAGUUGGCCAACUUGAAAGAAAAGUAUGAAGGGAUACCACUUCACUUAAAGAUGAUCUUAAACGCAAAUCAUUCUCAAUUGAUCGUUUUAAAAGCUCUGAUACUCGCUUUGAAUUUUUCACUGGUUUCCAAAAUUAUCGGACAGAUUUAAAGUUUUUUAUAAUUACCUUAGCCCUGCAUGUACGAGACUAUUAUAUACAGGAUCCAACAAUGGCAAGAUUGAAUCUGCAGAGCAGCAAAAACGUGGCCGCAAACGAUUCCUAAGCCCAGAGGAAGAAUUUUUUCUUGUUCUUACCAAAUUAAGAUGUGGUUUGCUUGAGGGAGACCUUGCUGCAAGGUACAACAUUUCUGUGUCACAAGUUAGUAAUAUAUGGAUAACUUGGCUGGAUUUCCUAUAUCAAAGAUUACAAUCGAUUCCUAUUUGGCCUUCCAGAAAACAUGUUGAUGCUACAAUGCCAGCAAGUUUCAAGGAAAAUUUUCCACAGACAAGGGUAGUCAUUGACUGCACGGAGAUGUUUAUUGAAAUGCCAUCUGCACCAGUUACUCAAGGAGCCACAUUCUCCUCAUAUAAGCACCAUAAUACUGCUAAAGGACUUGUCGGCAUUUCACUUGCAGGAACUCUCACGUUUGUGUCAGAACUUCAUUCUGGGAGGACAUCAGAUAAAGAGCUAACAAAGGAUUGUGGGAUUCUUAAACUGCUAGAAGAAGGAGAUCAGAUUACGGCAGAUAAAGGUUUUCUUAUUGAGGAUUGUCUGCCAGAUGGAGUCACAUUACACAUCCCCCCUUUUUUGAAAGAUCAGAAUCAGCUAUCCAUUGAAGAUGAGGUGAAGACAAGAAGAAUUGCUAAGGAAAGGAUACAUGUGGAGAGAGCAAUUGGGCUAGUAUUCCAAAGGUCGUAGGUUCGAUUUCCACCGUGGGCAGGCAUAUUUUUCAAGCCUGCCCGGUGUGGAUAUACACUCAGAGUAACAUCACACAAACAAGCAAUAGAGAAGAUAAAAAAAAUUCAGAAUUUUACAGCAGGUAAUACCUGUAAGUAUGGCAGCAGAUACCAACAAGUUAUGGAUUGUUUGUAGCCUUAUUUACCUUAUUUUAUCUUACCUUAUUUUUUAAACCUCUUGUUGUGUCAGCUCAAUCUCAUUGAGUGCAUGUUGAAUUUUACGGUGGCCGACAAGGGCAACACAAAUAUUUAG